GUGUCAAUUGGCUAUGUGAAGCUUAUGUGAAGGAAGAUCGAGCUCUUAAGAAGCUUCAGUCAUCAAUUCAACACUCACUGCCGCUGCGGAGCCGCUCGGUGGCCGAUUCACGUCUUUCGACGUGGGAUUUGGCGGGGCAGCAGCGCGAUGAUGCAACGCACAUGCUCCGACAUCGCCCUGCCUUGCGCGACGCGUUCUCCGCAAACACACCAAGGAUGUCUGGCAACAACACCCACCUCUCCGGCAAAGACGCGCAUCUGUACGGCGCCAAGAACACGGCGAGGAGCAAGCGGAGAGAUAUCUCGUCUAGCAGUGCUGUCGCCUUCUCCUCGACCCUCUCCAAUCUCAUCAAAGCCUCGUCCUCGUCCGCGGAUGCCAGCAAACCCACAACCGCAGGCCGCGCGCGCCCGCAGAAAGACGACAUCUUCAAGACGCACAACAAAAACGUGAAGAAGCGCGCCCUCGCCGACCUCGACGACACAAACCUCGCCACCCAGGAACACAGAGGACGCACAGGUGCCGAGAAGGACGAAGAUGCAGCGUCCUGGAAGCGCACGCAGCGCCGCAUGGAAGAGAAGGCGCGCCUGUAUGCAGCACUGAAGAGAGGCGAUGUAGAAGACAUCGACGACAAAUAUGGCGUCGACUUCGACCGCAAGUGGGCCGACGCCCAAGCCCCCGGGGCCACAGGCAACGCAUCCUCCUCCUCAGAAGACGACAGUGCAGACGAGGAGGAAGUUGAAUACAUCGAUGAGUUCGGGCGCACACGAAAAGGCACUCGCGCCGACGCCGUCCGCGAAGAGCGCCGAAAGAGAACCCUUGCAGACGAUGCACCAGACCGCUUCACCGCGCGCCCCAGCAUGCCCGAGCAGAUCAUCUACGGCGACACGGUGCAGACCAACGCCUUCAACCCCGACGAAACAAUCGCACAGCAGAUGGCUGAGCUAGCCGCCAAGCGCGACAAGGAGCUCACGCCGCCGCCGGAGCUGCAUUUCGAUGGGCGAGCGGAGGCAAGAACGAGAGGGACUGGAUUUAUGUAUUUUGAUAAGGAUGAGGAGGGGAGGAGGGAGCAGAUGGCGAAUCUUGAAAAGGACCGCGCUGAAACUGAGAGAGUACGGAAGGACAGAAAGGAGGCUAUUGAUAAGCGGAAGGAGAUGAUUCGGGAGAAGAAGAGGGCUAUGGCGGAGAAGAGGAGCAAGGGGAAGGCGGAGAGGUUUUUGGAUGAGCUUGGGGUGGAGUUGGAGAUGGGUGGGGAAAGUGCUGGGGAAGGUAAUGACGAACAGACAACGGCAGAAGGAAAGCUUGAGGAUGCGGACAAGGCGUGAGGUGCGUGAAUGUAUACUUCCAAGCAUAUGAUACCCAC